CACAAGUGGUCCAACUUUCUCCAUUAAUACAUAAUUGAUACCCCCUUUUCUUAUCAUUCACUCUCUUUUUCUCCCUUUGAAAAAAGAAAAAAUAACACAAACAUAGCAAUAAAACAAGUGAAUUAACACAAACAUGUCAAAUUCAGAUUUACCUUUGUGGAGUAGAGAAGAAGAAAAAGCUUUUGAAAAUGCAAUUGCAAUGUACUGGAUUGAAGGGACUGAACAACAAUGGGAAAAAUUUGCUUUAAUGGUCCCUACAAAAACCAUUGAUGAACUUAAAAGACAUUACCAGUUACUUGUUGAUGAUGUUAAUGCAAUUGAAGCAGGGCAAGUUCCAAUCCCUAAUUAUAAAGGUGAAGAAGCUUCUUCAUCAAAUAAGGAAAGUAAUUUGGGUUAUUCCGGGUCAGUGGAAAGGCGGGUCAAUUGUGGUUAUUCAAAUGGGUUUUCGGGUACAACCCAUGACUCGAUUGGGGGUCAUGGUGGAAAAGGGAAUUCAAGGUCUGAACAAGAGAGGCGAAAGGGCAUACCAUGGACUGAAGAAGAACAUAGGUUAUUUUUGCUAGGUUUAGACAAAUUUGGGAAAGGAGAUUGGAGAAGUAUUUCGCGUAAUUUUGUGAUAUCUCGAACACCAACACAAGUGGCCAGUCAUGCUCAGAAAUAUUUUAUUCGUUUGAAUUCCAUGAACCGAGAUAGAAGAAGGUCAAGUAUUCAUGACAUUACAAGUAUUAACAAUGGAGGAGAUGUUUCAACUCAUCAGCCUCCUAUUACAGGCCAACAGGUCAACCCAAUUCAAUCAAAUCCAGCUGCACUUGGGCCGCCCUCUGUUAAACACAGGGCGGCCCAGCCCAAUAUGCACGGAAUGGGCAUGUAUGGUGCUCCGAUGGGUCAUCCUGUCGCUGCACCUCCUAGUCACAUGGCAUCAGCUGUUGGAACACCGGUUAUGCUACCUCAUGGACACCAUCACCAUCCUCCUUAUGUACUUCCAGUUGCAUAUCCUAUACCGCCGCCGCAGCCGCCAAUGCACCAUCAGUAAAGAAUGAAUGGUGCACAUUACUGGAUUUUUCUUCUUCUUAGAGUAAUAGCAUAAAUGCUUUUGAAUUUUGGAAAGGCUCAUGGGUUGUUUCAAGUAUUCAGGUUCUUCCAAUUGUUCUUUUUCUUUUCUUUUUAUGACUGAUUCAGAAAUUUGUAAAUAUUAGAGUUUAGUCUGUGGAUGUUUAAGGGAUGCUCAAUUGCUCAUCAAUUUUUU